AUGAUUCUUUGUGGUUAUUUUGAUGUUGCAUGUGCAGGGGCAGCCACUUGUCAGACUUUGAGGGAACUGGCUGCUCAGCUUCCCUCAGCAUUCGCUGCAGCACUUGCUGAGUUGAAGGCAGAUAAUGAAGCGCGAGAAGGGAGGGCGGUCAACCGUCACAAGGAAACGGCGACCCAGAUGGCGACAAUCAAGGGCGAGCUCACAUCACUCAAGGGGCAAGUAGGAUGGGUGAAGGACGAGCUCACAUCACUCAAGGAGCAAGUAGGAUUGGUGAAGGACGAGUUGGCUAGCGUGAACACCACCGCGGAACGGAUCGACUCAAUCAAGCUCAUUGGCUCUGAUAAUCCGGGAUCAAAGAAUCCUUCCAGAAUCAUGCUAUAA